GUCCAAGGACCUAUCAAACUGAAUGCUUUGAGAGAGUAUUUGACCAAAACAGAGGGAGCUGGAGAGGAAUUUAUGAGGAUAUUUGCCCUAUACAUGUUAGGUGCCUUCUUAUGCCCAACCACAAAGGAUGUUGUUAAACAAUCAUUCAUUCACCUCAUUCAGAAUGUGGAUGGCAUGAAGGAUUAUAAUUGGUCAAAGUUCACUCUUCAAUUCUUUGUUCGUGGUUUAUGCAAGUACAAUUCGAAAAGUCACUCACAACCAAAUGGAUGCUUAUUUCUUAUAAUGUUGUUUUACUUUGAUCGUGUUGCUCCUAGUGGUUGUGAUGCUGGUCGUGCUCGUUCGAUCCCCUCCUUGGCUUAUUGGGGUGAUGCAGAAAUAAAGGCGACACUGAAACUAUUCCAAAAAUCAGGAGGUUACCAGAAUGAGGAGGUCAUCCUUAGCGUAUCCCUUCUUUUAUGUUUGGUUUUUGUUUGUUAUUUUUCAUGUUGAAAUGGAAAACUAAAUUGUUUACGAUGUGUCUAUAAAUAGGUUGAUGUUAAUUUUGUUGUUGACGAGCCAAUGCAACCAUUUGUACAAAGUGAGGAAAUGAAAAAUAUGAAUGAUAUUCGGAUUUCAAAAAUUGAGACGACUGUUUGUGACAUGAAAAGUGUUUUGGAAGAACUAGUUGUUAUUGUUAAAAGUGGAAUAACUAAUUCUUCCAUUCCGAAGGUCAUGGAAAAAUGUGAGCCACUGCAAAUGUCAAAACAACAGGAAGCGGGGCACGGCCAUUGUAAAUGUGAACCUGGCAUAGUUGCACCUGGAGUUGUGGUAGAAUCUACAGUUGUACCUAUAGUUGAACAUGUCCGCCCUAUACUCGUGCCAAAACCUAAUG